AUGCUUGGGUGGGAGAAAUGUAAUCGCCCUGAAGAUCGAGGUUGCUGGCUCAAAAAGGGCUCCGAAAACUUCACUAUAGACACCAAUUACGAAAUCAGAUGGCCACAAGGGACGACACGCAAGUACACCCUUGAUGUCGCGGAGAUGGCAUUAGCUCCAGAUGGUGUCUGCAUGGCACACGGUAAGGUGUUCAAUGGCUCAUAUCCGGGGCCUUGGAUCCAAGCGUGCUGGGGUGACGACAUCGAGAUCACAGUGCGCAAUAAUCUCUGGUACAAUGGCACGACUAUCCACUGGCAUGGAAUUCGACAAUGGAACACAGCUGAGAUGGAUGGCGUCAAUGCAAUCACUCAAUGUCCAAUUGCGCCUGGACAGUCUUUCACCUACAAAUUCAAGGCUAUACAAUAUGGAUCGUCCUGGUAUCAUAGCCAUUAUUCUCUGCAGUAUGCUGAUGGCUUGGCCGGGCCCAUGACCAUCUACGGGCCAUCGUCGGCAGGCUACGAUCACGCGAUUGAGCCAAUUCUGAUGACAGACUGGAAUCAUAGAAGCGCAUUUGAGGACUGGCCAAUACUCAAAGGUCCACCAAAAAUGACAAAUAUCUUACUGAAUGGCAAAGGAAGAUAUAAUUACACCAACCCCAACAAACCAGGUCUACCAAUAGCCCAGUCUGAGCGUUAUAGCAAAGUCCUUAAGCCAGGGAAGAAGUAUCUUCUUCGGCUUAUUAAUACAUCCUUAGAUACUCACUUCGUUUUCUCUAUCGACGGGCAUAAUGUUACCGUUAUUGGUGCAGAUUUUGUGCCUGUCAAACCCUACGUCACAGACUCUGUGCGCGUCGGAAUCGGCCAGCGUUAUCAUGUUGUCGUCGAGGCAGUACCAAUCGUUAAAUCAGCAAAUGGCAAUUACUGGAUACGAACUACCCCAGCCAUUGCUUGCGCCAGAUUUCAGGAUAUCAAUCCAGAUGACAAGACCGGCAUCAUUCGAUACGAUACCAACAACACGGACGAUCCUACUUCAGCAAGUCGGGACUUUUCAACUGAAUGCCAAGAUGAGCCAUACAAGAGCUUGGUUCCAAAAGUUCCAUGGACUGUAGGCAAAGCAUCGAAUGCAGAUGCUGACAAUCAGUAUUUUGUCAAUUUGAGAAAGCCUAAUAUCAAAGGACCCUGGCAUCCAGAGGGGAAAUCUCGCUGGACGGCUUACGAAGAACCAAUGUGGCUGAACUUCAGCCAGCCAUCAAUCAGAUAUCCUAACCCCGGCCCUGGAAAACCAUACCCAAAAUGGCUCGACAUCGUUACCCACGAUCCAAAAGGCAAAGAUGAAUGGAUCUAUCUCGUAAUCACAUUGACCGAUAAAAAACCCAGCACAGGCGGAAAAGACAGUCCCUUUGUUCCCGGAGGUCAUCCCAUGCAUCUUCAUGGCCACGACUUCGCCCUCCUGGCAGCAUCUAAUGACCCAUAUCCCGGCACCUUGGCACAGAUUGAGCACAAGCUGAAGAGAGACAAUCCGCCCCGACGAGAUGUGGUGCUCCUACCCACUGGUGGAUACAUCGUCAUCGCUUUCAAGGCAGACAACCCAGGCCCGUGGCUUCUUCACUGCCAUAUCGCUUGGCACGCCUCAUCUGGCCUUGCCUUCCAGAUUCUGGAGAAUAUGGACAAGAUGAAGAUUCCAGCUGCGAGCCAACUUGCGAUGAACGAGACUUGUAAGCAGUGGGACAAGUGGGUCGGUGAGAAGAAGAACUUGUGGAAUACGACAGCCGAGAUCGAGUUCCAGGAUGAUUCAGGUAUCUAG